CGUGUGAGAGAGAGAGGGAGAGAGAGGAAUGCGUCGCUAAUGAGUAAACGGACCAUCGCCCGAGCACGAAAGAGCGGACAACGGAAAGGAGGAAAAACGGAGAAAUGUUGUAAACCGCAAAAAAAGAGCAGAAAGGGGAGGUGGAGAACGACGAAAAUCGUCACAUAUAUUAAUUGGAAGGAUUACAAUUACCCUAUACUGGUGAAUGGAAUCCAACUAGGAUUUUUAAUGCUGUCCUCACGGAGAAUUGAGCUAACGGACUUACUGGUCUUCUGAACCAUGCAGAGGCUUUUGCUCCUGAGUUUGGCGUUGAGUUUUCACCGUGUGUGGACAGCGCGUUUCUCCCAGGAGCCAGCGGACCAGUCGGUGGUGCUGGGCCAGAGGGUGAUUCUGUCCUGUGUUGUGUUUAACUACUCGGGCAUUGUGCAGUGGACCAAGGAUGGACUGGCCCUGGGCAUCGGAGAGGACCUCAGGGCCUGGCCGAGGUACCGGGUGUUGCGGGUGCAGGAGCUGGGCCAGUAUAACCUGGAGAUUAUCUCAGCUGAGCUGUCUGAUGACUCCCUGUACGAGUGUCAGGCCCCUGAUGCUGCACUACGUUCUAGAAGAGCCAAACUCACCGUCCUCAUUCCCCCAGAUGACCCAGUGAUAGACGGGGCCCCUGAGGUGCUGCUGAAUGCAGGGGACCACUAUAACCUGAGCUGUGUGUCCCGCGGGGCCAAGCCCCCUGCCAUGAUAGAGUGGCAGAAAGAUGGGAUCCCUGUAGAUGGAGCGGUCAGCACCACCGAGGUGCUCCCAGACAGGAAGAGGGUGACGACCCACAGCUUCCUGCCCAUCCACCCAGUGGACACAGACACAGGGAGGAACUACAGCUGUGUGGCCAGUAACCUGGCUAUCCCCGCCGGGAAACGCACCACCGUCACCCUCAACGUGCACCACCCCCCCACAGUGACACUGUCCAUCGAGCCUCGCUCCGUCCUAGAGGGGGACAGAGUUACCUUCACCUGCGCCGCCUCUGCCAACCCUCCUAUCAUGGGAUACAUGUGGGCUAAAGGUGGAGUGAUCCUACAGGGGGCCAGAGAGAGUGUGUUCACCACCAAAGCUGACCAUUCCUUCUUCACUGAGCCAGUGUCCUGCUCAGUGUUCAACGCCGUGGGCAAAACCAACGUCAGCAUCCUGGUCGAUGUGCACUUUGGUCCUAUUCUGGUAGUGGAGCCCAGGCCAGUGACAGUGGACAUAGACUCUGAUGUCAAUCUGAACUGCAAAUGGGCCGGCAACCCUCCUCUAACACUUACCUGGACCAAGAAGGGCUCCAAUAUGGUCCUUAGUAACAACAACCAGCUGUUCCUGAAGUCAGUGAGCCAGGCGGACGCUGGGCAGUACGUGUGUAAGGCCAUCGUCCCCAGGAUCGGAGUGGGAGAGACAGAGGUCACGCUCACUGUCAACGGUCCCCCCAUCAUCUCCAGUGAGCCCGUCCAGUAUGCGGUGAGGGGGGAGAGAGGAGAGGUCAAAUGCUACAUCGCCAGCACACCUCCACCGGACAAGAUUGUGUGGGCAUGGAAAGAGAACGUAUGGGAGAAGGAGAAGGGGACUCUGUUGGAGAGGUACACGGUGGAGCAGAGUAAACCUCUGUCUGAGGGAGGGGCUGUCCUCUCCACCCUCACCAUCAACAACGUCAUGGAGGCUGACUUCCUGUCCACCUACAACUGUACCGCCUGGAACGCCUUCGGACCCGGGACCAUGAUCAUCACCCUGGAGGAGACUGAGGAGGUCCCAGUGGGUAUAAUAGCAGGAGGGACUGUUGGCUGCACCAUCCUGCUGUUCCUGUGUUUACUAGUCCUGGUGCUGAUCUUCUACCGGCAGCGCAAAGGCAGUCGUCGCGGGGUCACGCUGGGUAAGCCAGACAUCAAGGUAGAGACAAUAAACAAGGAGACCCACAGUCUGGAGGAGGACUCCGGCAGCGUUUCCACGGCAUCACGCAUGGUCAAGGCCAUGUACUCGUUUCUGCCCUCUUCUGUGCCCUUCUCUCCCUCCUCUCAGCCCUUUAAAGACGAUAUAGAACUGAAACAGGACCUACGCAGCGACACUCUAGACACACGCCAGGAGUACGACCUUAAGGAUCCCACCAACGGCUACUACAACGUGCGAGCCUCCACCCACGACGAGGGCCGUCCCGCCUCCCGCUCCAUGCACUACUCCGACUACCGGCCCUCCAACACCCCAGGGGGCGCUGCCUCCGUCAGCAGCAGUGCUGGUGGAUCAGGGGCCACAGCCAGCGGAGGAGGCCCUCCAGGCCCAGGGCCCCUCAACACCCCUGGCCGCCCCAGCUGUUACGACCCCCGUCCCCCCUCCAGACUGUCCCACAACAGCUAUGCUCAGUUUAACACAUUCACCCGGGCUCUGCAGAGCCAGCCGCCCCCUGCCAACCCCCCGCCGCAGACCAGCGACUUCCCUGGGGACUGCAGCCUGUUGGACUCCUCUCAACUGGCCUACGACAACUACGGCUAUCCCUCUCACCCCUAUACCCCCUACCGCAUGGGCUUCGCCCCGCCCACUCUGGCUCCCUUGGAAGCCGGUCCAUCCUAUGAAAUGUACGGGGUGGGGCCGGGGGUGGGCCCUGUGCCAGGGGUGGGGCCUGGUGUGGGGGUGGGGCCUGGGGCAGCUCCGUCAGGGUCAGAGACUGGACUGGGGAAGUAUGGAAGCUCGACCCGCUUCUCCUAUACCUCGCAGCAUUCUGACUACGGCCACAGAGGGCACACACAGAGGAUGCAGACACAUGUGUGAGAUACAGUACAUUCUCACGUAGAGGGUGAGGGUGCAUUCUCAUACACACUGUCACUCAGACGCACACACACAUUCGCAUUCUCAAACAUACACACACAAACACACUUGAGCGUACACAGACACACACACUGAGACACACAUGCAGGCACACACACAGACACACACACACACAUACACAGGAGUUAGGAUUUGCCCAUGAGACAGGAGAAAGAGAGAAAGAGAGAAAGUCCAGAUCAGUGGAAAAUAGAGAGGAUCCAAGUGAGACGGAGGGGAAUUCCUUGUAAUCAGAAUUCCAACACUCCCAGUGUUCAAUUCUUCGCUCUGAAAGAGCAGUAAGCGAAAGUCACAAUCAAGACCAGAGAAGAUAGGACUAGAGAGAACAAGAGAUCUUUAGAUCUUAAUUGUCAAAAUAAAUAGCAGAAAUGCUAUGAAUUUAGACUGUAAUGAGUGACGGGGGGGGGGGCAAUUUAUUCCAUAUACGAUUGCCAAAUAUUAAAGUAAGGCAUAUCAUGGAGAAAUUGACCAUCAAAUAUGGUACUCAUUCGUUGGGCAGGAGAAACCUCAACCAGUGAGGAGUAAUGACUGUCCGCCAUUUUGUUUUAUCUGGUUGUUGUUUUAUACAGUGAUCUUAGAGCACAUAUAUAUCCCAGAAUGCUUUACUUCAUUGGCGCCAUUGGUGCUGGUUAGUGGGGCCAUGGUACGUUUUGCACUGCAUUACAAACAGUAUUCAUUGCUUAGACAUCCGUUAUCUAUAUCUAUAGCUGUAUUAUAUAUAUAUGUCUGUUUUUAUUUGCACACCAACAAACUAGAGCUUUGUAUUCUAUUUUUUAACAUUUUACUGAAUUAUUUUUGUCAUAUUUCUGUGAAGGAAGUGUCUGUGGACCAAAAUGUUCAAACUUGAGAGGGUUUAGUAUUUGUUUGGGUGAUAUUCACCCCAACAAACAAAGACAAACAUGAAGAAGUAUUUGUGGACCUGUUUCUGUCAGCCAUGAUGACUGGCAGAAAUCAGGAAGGGAGGGUAUAUACAGGAACCUUUUUACCAAGUGUCCAUGUUGCUCUUUAUCUUGAUGUAAAUCUUGGGUUACAAGCAUUUAUGCAGUAGAUAGCAUACAGGAGGUCCUUAUAUUGGCAGGUGUUGUGUGUUGCUAGGCCUACCAAGGGUUUAGGUAUUGAGGCAGUUCCGGGCAUAUCGAACCAUAAGCCUGGUAGCCUGGGAUUCAAACUGAAUUUGCUUUGUUACACCAUUUAUAUGAAUAUACUACAUCAUUGAUAUGAUGAAACAUAGCAAAUUCAGCUUGGUUCCAGGAUAUAAGCCUUAGCCUGGUGCCCCCUGCUGAAAUAGAAAGAGGUGAUGUGGUAGCCUGGUCCCAGGUCUGUUUGUGCUGUCUUGCCUACUCCUAUGGUCAUUGUCACACUUGCGAACAAACAGACCUGGGACCAUGGCUAGUGAGAUGGUGUGUACGGAGGUUUAGAACAGAGUGGCCUUAGGGAACAUGUGGUAAACGCUUUCAUUACUCAUACACAAUCAGCCAUGAUGACGAGGCCUGAGGAGAAUGUGUAUAGAAAGGUGCAAUUAAGGUUUUUCUACAGUAUUGACAUAUAGUGGUGUGUGAUUGUGUGAAUGUGUAUGGGUGAAAGAAAGAAUGAGCAAAAGGGAGAGAGAGAGUGUGUGUGUGUCCGUGUGUGUGUGUGUGUGUGUGUGGGUGCACAUCUAUUUGUACAGUGUUUGUAUAGAUGUGUGAAUGGCUGUGUGUGUAUGUAACACAUAUACAUACCGUACUCUACCUGCGAGUGUGCGUGAAUAUUGUAUGCGUGUGUGUAUGUCUGUAUGUGUUUAUGUGUGUGAGUGUUUCAGUAAUACAGCAUUUCCCAAACUCGGUCCUGGGGCCCCCCUGGGUGGAUGUUUUGGUUUUUGCCCUAGUACUACACAACUGAUUCAAAUAACCAACUCAUCAUCAAGCUUUGAUUAUUUGAAUCAGCUGUGUAGUGUUAGGUGCAAAAACCAAAACGUGCCCCCUUUGGGGUCCCCAGGACCGAGUUUGGGAAACGCUGCAUUAAUAUGUCCAUAUCAUUUCUCUUCGCAAUCCUGUUCCAAUACUUGUAUACCUCUGGUAGGACUGUAUCCUGUAUUAUUGUGUCUUUGAAUUUAGAAAUAAAAUGUUUAUCUUAUUGUACUGUUCAACGUAGCAGAGAAAAACUGUUCAAAAGAUGUACAACAAAAAUCACAUUUUAAUUUUUUAAGUUCAUUAUCUCCAAUAUUUUUUAAAAAUGGUAUGUAAUUAUUUUUCCACAGUAUUACAGAAAUAAAAAGCACUGUUUUUUAUAAAAUAAA